GCAUGGAGCCGGAGCUUGCCAGCACAGCCGGGGGGAGCAUGGACGCUUCCACAGAGCCAAGCCUCCCGGAGCCGGGAAGCCAGGGCUCCGUGGCCGGCGACGACAUCGAGAUCGUGGUGAAUGUGGGGGGCGUGCGGCAGGUGCUCUACGGAGACCUGCUCAGCCAGUACCCCGAGACCCGGCUGGCCGAGCUCAUCAACUGCCUGGCUGGAGGCUAUGACACCAUCUUCUCUCUGUGCGACGAUUACGACCCGGGCAAGCGCGAAUUCUACUUUGAUCGGGACCCGGACGCGUUCAAGUGUGUCAUUGAGGUGUACUAUUUCGGGGAGGUCCACAUGAAGAAGGGCAUCUGCCCCAUCUGCUUCAAGAACGAGAUGGACUUCUGGAAGGUGGACCUCAAAUUCCUGGACGAUUGCUGCAAGAGCCACCUGAGCGAGAAGCGCGAGGAGCUGGAGGAGAUCGCGCGCAGGGUGCAGCUCAUCCUGGACGACCUGGGCGUGGACGCGGCCGAGGGCCGCUGGCGCCGCUGCCAGAAGUGCGUCUGGAAGUUCCUGGAGAAGCCAGAGUCUUCGUGCCCGGCGCGGGUGGUGGCGGUUCUGUCCUUCCUGCUCAUCCUCGUCUCCUCUGUGGUCAUGUGCAUGGGCACCAUCCCCGAGCUGCAGGUGGUGGACACGGAGGGCAACCGCGUGGAGCACCCGACCCUGGAAAACGUGGAGACGGCUUGUAUCGGUUGGUUCACGCUGGAGUACCUGCUGCGCCUCUUCUCGUCGCCCAACAAGCUGCACUUUGCCCUGUCCUUCAUGAACAUCGUGGACGUGCUGGCCAUUCUGCCCUUCUACGUGAGCCUCACCCUCACGCACCUGGGCGCCCGGAUGAUGGAGCUGACCAACGUGCAGCAGGCUGUGCAGGCCCUGCGGAUCAUGCGCAUCGCGCGCAUCUUCAAGCUGGCCCGCCACUCCUCCGGCCUGCAGACCCUCACCUACGCCCUCAAGCGCAGUUUUAAGGAGCUGGGGCUGCUGCUUAUGUACCUGGCCGUGGGCAUCUUCGUCUUUUCCGCGCUGGGCUACACCAUGGAGCAGAGCCACCCUGAAACUCUGUUCAAGAGCAUUCCCCAGUCCUUCUGGUGGGCCAUCAUUACCAUGACCACAGUGGGCUAUGGUGACAUCUACCCCAAGACCACCCUGGGCAAGCUCAACGCGGCCAUCAGCUUCCUGUGCGGGGUAAUUGCCAUUGCUCUGCCCAUUCACCCCAUCAUCAACAACUUUGUCAGGUACUACAACAAGCAGCGAGUCCUGGAGACGGCGGCCAAGCACGAGCUGGAGCUCAUGGAGCUCAACUCCAACGGGGCGGAAGGCAAACCCGGGGGUUCUCGCAGCGACCUGGACACUCUGCCCCCAGAGCCUGCUGCCAGGGAGGGGCCGAGCUGGGGCAGCCGGCUGAAGCUCUCACACAGCGAUACCUUCAUCCCCCUGCUGACGGAGGAGAAGCACCAUAGGACCCGGCUGCAGAGCUGCAAGUGAUGGUUGGGCUCCCUGACCAGGAUAGACUGGGCUGUGGAUGGACAGACCAUUGGGCAGGCAUGUCAGUAGGCAUGUCUGUGGUUUCAGAGGAGCUGCGUGUGUCUCCCAGCCUUCCCCUGAGCAGACCCUGCCAAGGCUGGGUAAGACUCCUUGGGUGCCAGCUGUCCAGGUGCGGGGCUCUGGGGGAGUGCAGGAGCCACGGGGCCACUUGGGGGCUAUGAGGAUGGCCUGGCAGGAGCCCACAUCUGCUUCUGUGUCCCCUUCAAUAAAAACCUCCCAGUCAGCAUACCCUCCAUGUUGUGGGUCGUCUGGGGCCGGUUGUCGCCCCAAGAGUGACUCCUGCACACCCUAGUGCUAGGCCAGAAGGGAGGUGUGCAGCUCCAGAGGGAGUGGGGGUAGCUAUUUUUAGUUGGGAGCUAAUUAAAGAAGGGCUGAAAGGCAGGGUUCAGCUCCAAGGCGCCUUGCCACAUUCCAGGAGAUACUCUCCUGUUUCCUUGUGUGGAGAAGCUGGCUUCCUGAGGCUUGGGGAGGAAGGAGAGGUUAAAGAGCCAGCGAUGGGGCAGCUAGCUCAGAGCUGUCACCUGUGGAGUAGUCCUUUUGACACACAUCCUUUCUCCUUUGCAGCCACCCUGGUAAACAGGCAUCCUCAUUUUACAGGUAAAAAAAUUUUUACAGGUAAACAAAAAACAAAAAACUGAGGCUCAGGGUCACCCAGAAAUCCACCCCUGGUUCCGAUUGUCCCCGAGUCCAUGGGGUCUCUCCAACAAUAGGCUGUGUGGGGGCAGAAGCCUUUUGGAGGGCUUAUAAGGGAGGGUCUGGAUUUCUCAGUGGUUUGUGUGUCUAAGGGACACCAGAGAAUCAUGGUUCUUAGUUCAGCUCCAGGCAUCAGUAUGGCUCAGUCAGUCAUAGCUGUUUCUAUUGUUCUAGGCUGGAAAGAGCAAGUUGCACAGCUGUCCACUGUGGUCUCCAUAGGUCUGGACUGGGCACGAGGGGAGUUAAAGGACAGGCGGGUACUGUAGGGCUGUUCUUGGCCAAAUGCUAAGAGCUGGGCCUGCAGGCCUAACCCUUUCAUGGUUUCUACCUUCUAACAGCUGUAGAGCCCCGCUCUUCACCCCACCCCCACCCCAGCUGUGGGAGCACCAAGGAAG